UUGCCAAUUCCUCUCUCACGAGUUAUGCGCAGAUAACAGCUAUACUCUUCUAACCUACUGUAUGUUUCACGACUCAAGAACUUUUCUGAAGCUAAGAUUCUGCGAACUCGUGGCGCUAAGCUAAGCUGGUAAGGAAAGACGUACCAUGCCUGCCGCAACAUUAGCAGCGUCAUCAAGUGCUCCUCCAGUAUGGAAGCAUUUCCCUUUCUUUGAUUCCAACCCUGUAAAGGACGUCCAUGAUCUGGCCAGCCCACCAGAAAUAUUCAAGAAUACUCCAGAGAUAUCAGUAAUCACAGCUUCUACUGCCGGAGUCUUACUCGCGGAUAUAUAUGGCAGUAUACAUAUUCUUAACAAGGAGUUUGAGUCCGUUCGGAGCUGGGUCGCUCAUGUAGGAGGACGAGUGACGCAGAUGGUUGACAGGAAGGGUACACUGGUCACUAUAGGAGAGGAGGAGAAUGUCCCUUCCCCGUUACUGAAGAUCUGGGAUCUCGGAAAGAUCGACAAGAAGACUGGAAUGCCUACUUUAUUACGCUCCGUCAAGAUACAACACGGUACACGGCCUCACCCUGUAUCGACGGUAGCUCUGUCAGCGUCACUUUCGCAUCUAGCCAUUGGACUCGCGGAUGGCACUGUUCUGCUGUAUCGGCAUCUUGACCAGUCUCUAUCGAGCUCAACAGCUCUCUCUGCGCUUCCCAAAUCUCGCACAUUACUCGAGGCUCCAACCGAACCCAUCACAGGAUUGGGAUUUCGCGAGCCUAGCGCGGCUCAUGCAGAAGAAGCACCUCAUUUGCACCUCUUUGUUACAACUACAAGUCGUGUUCUGUGUUUCCAGGUCUCUGGAAAAGGCAGUGGCGGCAGUCCGCGGGUCGUAGAUGAGGUAGGAGGGAACCUUGGCUGUGCCGUGAUGGAUUGGCGUGCGAGAGAUAUCGUGGUUGCUCGAGAUGAAGCUAUUUACAUGUAUGGAACUGAAGGUAGAGGCGCUUCAGUAGCUUACGAGGGUUACAAAUCGUCAAUUCACACGCACUUGAACUACCUUGUCAUCGUUUCCCCUCCAUUCACGGCGAGUGCAGCGACGAACUCCGCAACCGUAAGGAAUUUCGUCUCGAAGAAUUCGCUUCCCGAUAGGACAGAUGUUUCCAAAGUCACCGUUUUUGACCUGGAGAACAAAUUCGUUGCGUACUCGGAUACUUUUGUAGGCGGUGCGCGAGCCGUCGUCUCUGAAUGGGGACAUAUAUAUGUUCUGACGAAUGAUGGAAAGUUGUUUUGCCUUGAAGAAAAAUCUACACCAGAGAAGUUGGACAUGCUGUAUCGGAAAAAUCUCUACCUUCUCGCACUGAACCUCGCCAAAACUCAAGGGCUGGAUGAGUCGAGCGUCGCAGACAUUCAUCGACAGUAUGGCGACCACCUCUAUAGUAAAGGAGAUUAUGAUGGCUCCAUGCAUCAGUUUAUCAAGACGAUCGGGUUCUUGCAACCCAGUUAUGUUAUCAGAAAGUUCCUUGAUGCACAGCGUAUUCACAACCUUGUCACUUACCUCCAAGACCUACAUUCGCUAGGCCUCGCCAACUCGGAGCACACCACGCUUCUCCUGAACACAUACACGAAGCUGAAAGAUGUGUCUCGCCUGGAUAGCUUCAUCAAGACUGAAGCACGGCCUUCUUCCGAUAGCGACUCUAAGUCCGAUGAACCUCCGUUCGAUCUCGAGACCGCGAUCCGAGUGUGUCGGCAGGCAGGGUAUUUUGAACACGCAAGCUACCUUGCGAAGAAGUACAAACGACAUGAGGACUACUUGCGGAUUCAGGUGGAGGACGCGGCUAAUUACAAGGAUGCACUUGCCUAUGUAAGGCGUUUAGAACCUGAAACGACGGAGAGCAACCUUGCGCGCUACGGUCGUGUUCUACUUGCAAAUUUGCCGGAUGAAACGACACAGCUUCUCAUUGACAUUUGUACCGGAAGUGGUCCAAGUGAACCCGACGAUCUUGCGUCGGCGAAGAAAAGUCCUCCUCCGGCUACGUCCUCAUACCUCUCGUAUCUCGCAUUAGGCAGGGUAGCACCAGCUGCUCCCGAAAGCACGCCACCUUCACCAUCCACCGCUACUGUCAAGCAAGCAGACGAAUCAAAACAGCCUCGGCGGGCCAAUUCUGUUCAUGAUACUCCACGUACGGGGUCUCCCGCACCACCUACGAUCAAUGUGAAGCCAAAACCCGAACGAAGACCUUCUCCACGUCAAUAUUUCUCUCAUUUUGUUGACAACUCGGAGAAAUUCGUUGUCUUUCUAGAGGCUGUGGCUUUACGGCGAUGGGGACAAUCGACUGAAGAGGUAUCAGUAUCGGACAGUGAUGCAUUACCUGCGCCGCUGGACGAGGAUGCUGAUAAGCGCGACCAAACGGCCGUGUGGAACACCCUACUCGAACUGUACCUUACCCUGGCGGAAAACGAAGGUGAAGACAGCCUGUUGCGUGCAAAGGCACUCGCAUUAUUGAAAAGUAGCACUCUACCCUACGACCCAACACAUACACUCAUGUUAUGUGCCACGCGCGAUUUCACUCCAGGCCUUGUACUCUUAUGGGAGAAAUUGGGCAUGUAUGAGGACAUACUGAGAUUCUGGAUGGCUCAGGAAACGGAAGCACAUGUGCCUGAGGCGUCAACGGAAGUCCUACGCGCUCUGGAACGCUAUGGCCCAGAGAACUAUCACCUGUAUACACUUGCCCUGCGGUUCUUGACAUCGAGCGCUGAGCUACUGAGUAGACAUGCACAGGAGCUGGAAGGUGUAUUGGAGACCAUCGAACGCGAGAAGAUUAUGCCUCCACUUAGUGUUAUUCAGGUUCUUAGCAGGAAUAAUGUCACGAGCGUCGGACUAGUGAAGCAGUGGAUGUUGAUACGAAUCAAGGAGUCCAGAGAUGAGAUCCAAGCUGACCAACAACUUAUCAACUCAUACCGCGACGAAACGCGUACAAAGCUCAAGCAAGUAGAGGAACUCUCAGACCCAGAACACCCACGUGUCUUCCAUGUCACUCGCUGCUCACAAUGCGGCGGUCAACUCGACCUUCCUACCGUCCACUUCAUGUGUAAUCACAGUUAUCAUCAGCGCUGUCUCGCAGAGAACGAGACAGAGUGCCCGAAUUGCGCACGCUCACAUGGGAUGGUGCGGGAGAUUCGGCGAAAUAAUGAACGUCUUGCGGGUCAGCAUGAUGUGUUUGCGUCGGAGGUGAAAGAGGGAGGGUUCAGUGCGGUUGCAGCUGGGUUUAGUAGAGGGUUGAUGAAGAUGACGCGGGUAGAUGAGGUGUCGGCUUCGUAGUUUUGUCUUCCAUUCUUCUAUUUCACUAUUUCCCUCCUGUUGAUAUACGACAUCUAAGGAAUAUUCUCUUUCUACAUUCUACGUACAAAGUUCUGCGUUAUGAACGCCCAUUGGUAAGUGACUUCUUAAUCAUACUGUGUCUUCCGGGUCCGACACCAAUCCACUCGACGCCAACUCCGAUAAAGUUCUCUAUGAACUCGACAUACUUUCUACAAUUAACGGGUAACGCCUCGUAGUUCCUCACUUCGGAUAUGGAAGUCUUCCAACCAGGGAAUGAUUCGUAUACUACGCCGACCUUUGCAAGUACGUCCAAGUCCGCAGGAAACCCUAGGAGCUCGUUACCUUCGACUUUAUACCCAACUGCAACCUGGAUUUCCGCAAGGUCGUCGAGAACAUCGAGUUUCGUAAGGUUGAGAGACGUGUAUCCAUUGAUGAGGCACGAAUGACGCAGUACGACGAGGUCUAGCCAUCCACACCGUCUUCGUCUACCCGUCGUUACACCAUAUUCCAUGCCGACUUCUUGUAGAUGUUCACCUAUAGAAUUUAGCUGUUCAGUAGGGAAAGGUCCGCCGCCAACGCGCGUCGUGUACGCUUUGACGACGCCGAUGGUUGGACCGAUGAGGCGUGGUGGGAUUCCGAGACCUGUGCAUACUCCACCUAUUGAGGUGGAGGACGAAGUGACGAAGGGGUAGGUACCGAAGUCCAGGUCUAGCAUGAGUGCGUUCGCGCCUUCGACUAGGACGCGCUUGUUUUGCGUGAGUUGGAGGUGUAGGAAGGCAAGCGAGUCGAGCACGUAUGGCUUUAGACGUUCAGCGAGUUUCUUGUACCGAACGAUCUCCCCUUCCGUGUCAUAUUCAAAAUGCCCAUAUCGCUUGAAUCGGCCUUCAACGAUCUUGCGGAACUUGGCAGCAAACGCAUCAUGAUUGAACAAAUGGUGCACACGCAAACCCGAGCGGGAAGCUUUGCCAGAGUACGCCGGGCCAAUACCCUUCUUCGUCGUACCAAUGCUGUAAACCCGAUAAAACAAAAAUUUACGUAGCAGUUCGCGAACUAAAGGUAGAAAUGUAAGGCACCUUGAUCCACCCAGCUCGACUUCUUUCAGCCCAUCGACGAUUUGGUGAAAAUCGAAUACGAGAUGUGCGCGAUCGGAGACGAAGAGUCUGCCCGUGCAGUCGAGGCCUUGAGCUUGCAACGCAUCAAGUUCUUCAAAGAAUGAUGGUAGAUGAACCACAACGCCUGAUCCGAUCAAGCCAACACAACUCGGGUUGACAAGGCCACUGGGAAGCAAGUGGAACGCAAAUUUCUUCUCGAUCUUCUGCGGACCCAUCGGUACGACAAUCGUAUGGCCGGCAUUGUUCCCUCCCGCACACCGUGCACAAAUAUCCAUCUCCGCGCUAAGAAUAUCGACAAGCUUCCCUUUACCUUCGUCACCCCAUUGCGCACCAAGUACGACGGUGACGCUCAUGGUGGGAAGAGCACGACCUUUGAUUGCACGGACGAGUCGUGAUUGACACAGAGACGAAUGUGGAGACAAGGUUGGGGAAUAAAUUAAGACAGACGAACAGCGCGCUUGUUUGGCGGGUCUGCGCUUGUAAUUUCUCUCGGCGUUAUCCGGCCGUUGCAGCGUACAACUCUAGCUGAACACGUCUCAAAUGCGAUAAUAGAUGACUAUGCCUACGUUCUCUUCUAAUCCAGUCAACCAGAGUCAGCUAAACAGCACAAUCCGACGAAAUCCGUUGUUGUUUGGCGUGCCGUUCGUGCUCUUGAUUGUCGGCUCGUCGUUCGCGUUAACGACGUUCACGCAGACGCGGUAUGAC